GUCUACGAACUGGAGGGUGUGUGCGUUCCCGCAGCAACAGGGAAGAUGGCAGCACUCACAUCUCUCACCCAGCUGUCAAGUGGGAACCCUGUGUACGAGAACUUUUAUAGACAGGUGGACCCAGGAAACACGGGGAGAGUAGGGCCCACGGAAGCUGCGUUGUUCCUGAAGAAAUCUGGCCUUCCUGAUGUCACCUUGGGAAAGAUCUGGGAUUUGGCAGACCCAGAUGGGAAAGGGUUCUUGGACAAACAGGGGUUCUAUGUAGCUCUGCGGUUGGUGGCCUGUGCACAGAGCGGACAAGACGUCAGCCUCACUAGUCUGAACCUCACUAUCCCUCCCCCAAAAUUUAAGGACACUAGCAGCCCAUCGCUAAGCACAUCAUCGGUCUCUAGUGAACCCCACUGGGCUGUGAGGCCCGAAGAAAAGAGUAAAUUCGAUGGGAUAUUUGAAAGUCUUGCACCAGUCAGUGGACUACUCUCUGGUGACAAAGUAAAACCAGUUCUAAUCAACUCAAAACUACCUCUGGACGUGUUAGGAAAGGUUUGGGAUCUUAGUGACAUUGAUAAAGAUGGACAUCUGGAUCGAGAUGAGUUUGCUGUGGCCAUGCACCUGGUCUAUCGGGCCCUGGAGAAGGAGCCGGUCCCCUCUGUUCUCCCCUCCUCUCUCAUCCCUCCUAACAAGAGGAAGAAGUCUCUGGUUGGCUCCCUCCCUGGCACCGUGCCUGUGCUGCCCGCCAGCCCCCCGCCCCCCAAGGACAGCCUGCGCUCCACCCCUUCCCACGGCAGCAUGAACUCCCUCAACAGUGCCGGCAGCCUUUCUCCCAAACACACACUCAAAUCCGCGCAGCACUCAGUGAACUGGGUGGUCCCGGUGACAGACAGAGGACGCUUUGAUGAAAUCUUCCUGAAGACAGACUUGGAUCUGGAUGGCUUUGUCAGCGGAAUGGAAGUCAAGGACAUCUUCAUGCACUCAGGGCUGCCCCAGAAUCUACUGGCACAUAUAUGGGCCCUGGCAGACACCAGGCAGAUGGGGAAGCUGACACGGGAGCAGUUUGCUCUGGCCAUGCACUUCAUCCAGCAGAAAGUCAGCAAAGGCAUGGACCCUCCUCAGGCCCUGACCCCUGACAUGAUCCCUCCUUCAGAGAGGGGCACUCCCGUUCCAGUGUGUACCACUCCCUCCCAUAGUAUGUCUGGGUAUGUGACCCCUGUGAGCUCUGAGAUGGCUGCUCUGUCUGAGAUGAGGCGGGACAGCUCCAGUUCUGUUGGGUCAGGGUCAGAGUUCACUGGAAUCAAGGAGCUUGAUGACAUCAGUCAAGAGAUCGCUCAGCUGCAGAGGGAGAAAUUCACCCUGGAGCAGGACAUUAGAGAUGCUGAGGAGGCCAUCAGACACAAGUCCUCAGAGGUGCAGGAGAUGCAGAACGACCUGGACAGAGAGACGUGCAGUCUGCAGGAGCUGGAGGCCCAGAAGCAGGAUGCCCAGGAGCGGCUGGAGGAGAUGGACCAGCAGAAGGCCAAGCUGGAGGACAUGCUUAACGACGUCAGGAUCCAGUGCAACGAGGAGUCUCAAAUGAUCUCAUCUCUGCAGAACCAGAUCCACUCCCAGGAGACAGACCUGCAGAGCCAGGAGGAGGAACUGAGCCGGGCUAAAGCAGACCUGAACCGGCUGCAGUUGGAGGAGAGCCAGAUGGAACAGAGCCUGACUGCCGGCAAGUUCCAGCUGGAGACUAUAAUCAGAUCCCUCAAAGCUACCCAGGACGAGAUAAACCAGGCUCGCAGUAAGCUGUCUCAGAUCCAGGACAGCCAGCAGGAGAUGAAUAAGAGCAUUGAGCAGUACAACAGCACCUUAAAUGGGACACACAGAGGCAGCAUGACCAACCUGGCUGACAUGAGCGAGGGAUUCCCCGACCGCGAGAACGGAGACUUCGGCGCCGUGGAGGACCCGUUCAAGGUGAAUACAUCUGGGUUCAAUAGCGUCCCUCAGGAGAUGCACACAGACCCUUUUCACUCCGAAGACCCCUUCAAGACAGACCCGUUCAAAGGUGACCCCUUCCAAAAUGACCCUUUUGCAAAGCAGUCAUCACUACCAUCCGCUGCAGAUCUCUCUCUCCACCCAGACCCCUUUGGAGGGGACCCCUUCAAAGAGACGGACCCCUUCAAGGCCUCGUCAGAAGACUUCUUCAAGAAGACCACCAUCAAGGCAGACCCCUUCAGCACCACCGACCCUUUCAGUAAAAGUGCCACCCUCCCCACCAAGACAAGUCAUUUUACAAGCAGCGCAGACCCUUUCUUAUCCAUUAGCCCAAAACCCACCAGAGGCCCAGGACCAGAUCUCUUUGGUACUCUGGACCCCUUUGGAAGCAGCACUGCUUUUGGAGGCAGUAACAGCUCAUUUGGCAGUAUCAGUAACAGUGGGUUCGCAGACUUCAGCCAAAUGUCAAAGAUCAGAGACCCAAUGGAAGGAAGAGGAGGUUUCCCAGAAUACCAGCAGUCGGGGUUUGUGGAGGACCCAUUCAGUAGGAAUCAGGACGGCCCAGCUCUGCCGCCCAAGAUGAGUGUUCCCCCCAGACCCAAACCUCCCAGUGGUAAAAGCAGCCCUGUCAACUUGCCUGGAGGAGCGGGUGACUUGGCCAAGCCCUGCGACCCCUUCCAGCCGUUCGGCAGUGACGCCAUCGACCCAUUUCAGAGUAAAAAGGGGGUCGGAGACCCCUUUAGUGGCAAAGACCCUUUUGCUCCUUCUGCCUCAAGUAAAGCCUCUAAAGACUCUUCCUUGGGUUUUGCAGACUUCAGUUCUGACCAGAAAAGGUUAAGUUUGGAAAUGAGGCUCAGCAACUGGAGUGGGCGAAGAGAGAGAGUGAGCGAGCGGAACGGGAGCGGCUGAAGAGGCUCCGGCAGCAGGAGCAAGAGGACUUAGAGCUGGCCAUCGCUCUCAGCAAGGCCGAGAUGUCCCACGGGUGACCUGGACUGGACUGGACACCCACACACACACACACACACACACACACACACACACACACACACAC